AUGGGAUCUGAUUUGGUUAUGGGAGCUCCCCAGGCCACGGCCUUGCAGUCUGCCAUCCAAAAGGAACUCGUGGCCAAAGGGUAUAGCGAUGAGUCUGACAUGGUCAUGGCGGAGUAUAUUACGAUAAUGCUCAUCAACUCGAAAACUGCUGAACAGAUUACCGCCGAACUUAUCGAUUUGGUGGGCCCAGAAUAUGAUACUUCUUUUACUUCUUGGCUCUUCGACGAAAUUGCCAAGAUAUCUGGUGGUUCCACCGGAGGGGCUGGUGAAGCACAACCAAGUGUGCCAGAUGCGCAAUCAACAUCGACUCCUCCCGGCCCCAGUGACGCCGCUGGAGCGCCUUCACCUGGCAACAAACGACGUGCCGAUGGGCGUUCACCCUCUCCUGCUUCCAAGGCUCGUCGUACUACGGACCUUCCAGACCGACCUCGCGCCAUGCGUGACGGCCAGUCUGGCAAUGAACCACAACCAGUCCGAAGCUUACUUGAUCGUGUCGAACCACGUGAGACACGUAGGCACGGUGGUAAUGGGUUCGACCACGUACAAGCGCAGAUUGAAUCGGUCACGCGUGGUGGGCAUCAUGGUGGUCGGAUGAUGGGCGGUCGUGGCGGGGGUAUGGGCAUGAAUGGACACCAUCACCAGCAACAGCAACAGCAGCAACAGCAGAUGAUGAUGAAUCAGAUGAUGGGCGGUGUAAAUCCGAUGAUGUUCCAAGAGAUUAUGGCGAAUCAGAUGGCGCUCAUGUCCCAGAUGGCUGCGAACAUGGGAAUGAUUCAAGGUGGCCCACACAUGAUGAACCCUGGAGCCCCCGGCUUCGGGUUUCCCAAUGGGCAUGGUCAAGGUCCUAAUACCAAUGGGCGGGGAAGGGGUCGUGGAGGACGCGGAGGUAAUAUGGGAGAUCGGCCGCAAAUAGGAGGUACACAACAAGGUCCCUCUCAGCCGCAGCAGCCUCCACAACACCAAUCUUCCCAACAGAACCAGCCAAUCGUAUCUCCUCAACCUAGACCUCCUCAGCCCGCAGUUCCUCUCAAUGUCCCUACUCGCCCUCAAUCGCCGACCCUCUGCAAAUUCGGAAUAAAAUGUACCAAUGCAGCAUGUCGAUACUCGCAUCCGUCUGCCGAGGGUGGUCUAGUACUUAGUAGCGAGUACUGCGAAAAGGGACUGGAAUGCAAGGAUGCAGAUUGUAACAAGGGUCAUCCCAGCCCUGCGGCCAUCAAUGGUGUCCCUGUGCAAGUGCCAGCUCCUCAGACAAGAUCAAGUGCGCCAACGGGUGGUAUACCAUGCAAGUUUGGUGCUGCGUGCACACGACCAGGAUGUGCGUUUGUUCAUCCACAAAAGGGGGGGAAACCGUGUCGAUUUGGCAUCAAUUGUACACGUGCGGAUUGCACAUUCGACCACCCUCCAGGUCGGGUCCUUCCCGGCUCUGCACCUCAAAAAUCGACGCACAAGUCAAUGACCUUCCGAGCAAAUGCUCCCGUCCCCGUGAUGCAAAGUGGGCCAGUGUCCAAGAAAUUUGGGCCAGGCGGAGUGCCUGUUACGAACGCCGAUGGCACUAAGAAGACUGAAAGCGAGAAUGGUGGGGACGAGGACGACGUAGAGGCCGCGCUUGCUGGCGCAUGA